AUGACCACCAACCAAACCACCUCCCCAAUAAGCCACCUAAACCCAACAGAAGAACACCCAAAACCAACCCGAGUCAAAAUCGGCCAAUCCCAUCCCCAAAUCCAAUCAAACCUCCAAUCAGACCCAACCCAAGCCCCCAAAGACUCCGCCACCAACGGUCCAUUCCUACCAGGCUACUUCUUCUUCUACGGCCCCCUAAUGGACCCAUCCGUCCUCGCGCGCGUCCUCCAACUCCCGGAAUCCGAAGCACCGCGUCUCCGGCCUGCGCGCGUUGUUGGGUAUAGCGUUAUGAUGCAUGGGAAAGAGCCGGUGUUGGUCUGGGGUCCGCCUGAGAGUGUGGUUGAAGGUGUUGCGGGGGAGAUUAGGAGUUUGGAGUUGUUUGAGAGGAUUUGUGGGGUUGGGGAGGGGAGGUUUGAGGCUUGUCCUUGUUAUAUUGAGUUUGGGGUGGUGGAUGAGGGAGGGGAGGCGGAAGGGGAAGAGGGGGAGGAGGUGGUUAAAGGGGGAGACGUUUUUGUGGCAGGGGGAUCAUUCGGUGUUGAGGCAAAGGGAUGGGGGAUAGGUGGUGGAUGA